UCUCCCCACCAUUAUUUUUUGUUGUAAAACCCCUUUUCUUUUCUUGCCUCUUAGUGGUGAAUAAACGAAUAAAAAUCUAGACAUGUAAACGCAGUAGAAAAUUUCUCUUAUUCAGAAUUCAGAGGGAAUCAACAAUGUUGUAUGCAACAAGGUUUAGGGUUUCUGUUCGUCAAAUCCCUAAUUUUGUUGCACUAUCCAUUCUCCCUCCUUCCUGGACAAGCCUUCACUUUCAUUCUGAGCCUCCAUCCCUUGCUGAAGUUGACGAUGCUGUUGAUUCCUUUACUCGCAUGCUCUCUAUGCGUCGUACUCCUCCCAUCAACCAAUUUAACAAGAUUUUGGGAUCCCUUGCCAAGAUGAAGCAUUUCCACGCCGCCGUUUCCCUUUUUCAGCAAUUGCAAGCCAGGGGAAUCGCUCCCGACUUUUUUACUUUGAACAUCUUAAUCAAUUGUUGUUGCGGCAUGGGUCGUAUGACGCUUGCUUUCUCUGUAUUGGCCAAGAUUUUCAGGAUGGGUUUUCAGUCUAAUACCAUAACGUUCACAACAAUCCUGAAAGGCCUCUGUCUCUGUGGUAAUGUUGAAAAAGCACUGCACUUCCAUGACAUAGUGCGGGCUCAUGGAUUUCAGUUUGAUCAAGUCACCUAUGGGACCUUGGUUAAUGGACUCUGUAAGACCGGACACACAGCAGCUGCUAUUCAAGUGUUGAGAAAGAUCCCACAGUAUGGGAUUGUUCCUAAUGUUGUCAUGUACAGCGCAAUUAUUGAUAGCCUCUGCAAGGAUACACUUGUAAGUGAGGCUUUUCUUUUAUACUCUGAAAUGCUUGCUAUGGGAAUUUCUCCCAAUGUUAUCACUUACACAACUCUGAUUUAUGGAUUGUGCCUUGCGGGUCAACUUAAGGAAGCCAUUCAUAUAUUAAAUCAUAUGAUGCUCAAAAACAUUCCUCCAGAUGUUCAGACCUAUAAUACUUUGAUCGAUGGGCUAUGCAAGGAAGGAAAGAUCAAAGAUGCUAAGAACGUGCUGGCUGUGAUGACAAAACAUGGUGUGAAACCAAGUGUGGUUACUUAUAACAGCUUAAUGGAUGGGCAUUGUUUGGUUAAUCAGGUAAAUAAGGCAAAAUAUGUAUUCAACACAAUGGCCCAAAGUAGUGUGUCUCCUAAUGUUUAUAGUUACAAUAUCAUGAUUAAUGGCUUGUGCAAAAGUAAAAUGGUCAAUGAUGCCUUGAAUCUCCUUGAAGAGAUGCGUUGCAAGAACUUGGUUCCCAACAUGAUUACUUACAAUACUCUAAUUGAUGGCUUGGGAAAAUCAAGGAGAAUCCUUUGUGCAGCGGAGCUUCUUGAAAAGAUGCAUGAUAGAGGUCAACAUGCUGAUAUAUUCACUUACAAUUCCUUGCUGGAUGCUUUGUUCAGUAUGAAACAACAUGACAACGCACUUAUGUUAUUCAAUCAAAUGAAAGAGAGUGGCAUUGAUCCAGAUAUAUAUACAUACAGCAUACUUAUAGAUGGCCUGUGCAGAAGUGGAAGACUUAUAAAUGCAAAAGAGAUAUUUCAAGAUCUUUCCAUUAAAGGCCAUCGUCCAGAUGUGAAGACAUACACCAUUAUGAUCAAAGGGCUUUGCAAAGAGGGCCUGCUUCAUGAAGCAUUGGCUUUCUUGUCGAAAAUGGAAGACAAUGGUUGCUUACCGGAUGCUCUGACUUGUGAAAUAAUCAUUCGUGCUCUGUUUGAAAAAGGUGAAAAUGAUAACGCGGAGAAACUUCUUCGUGAAAUGAUAUCUAAAGGCCUAUUGCAAGGAUAAAACACCUCUGAAGAAACAAGAACCACCUCUGUGCUUGAACUUCUGAAAAUAGCUGUUGAAGGCAUACGAAGCAUGGUCUUUCAAAGUGUUUGGAUAAUAGCUUGGUUGGUUCCCUUGGAUUUUGCUACAAUCUGCACCUUCACUUCCACAAGCCCAAUUCAGCGCUGCCUGCAACUCAUCGUCGCUGCUUUGCGGAUCAGCUAUGCACCAUUGCUCAUAUUCAGUAAACACUGCAUCAUGUGAUCAUAAUAUAAUGCAAUUAGGUAAAAAAAAAUGAACAUUUGUACACAAACAUUGGUCGAUAUUUUAACAAAUGUAUAUGAUUACCCCUUUUUGGUGCAAUCAUGGAUAGGAAAAGAAUCAGAACCAUUAACUUGGCCAUUAGUGUUUCCAUUUUGUAGGAGACAGAGGCCUAGCUGAUAAGAACCCUGAAUAGUGAAUAGGAUUGCCAAGAAGCUAGAAAUUCAGUUGCAUAUAUAUUAUAUAGUGAAGUUAAUUGGAAAUGGAAGUUAUGGGCAUGUGUUGUGUGCUUCUAACGGCUAAGAAGGAAUGUUCAUAUUCCAUUUCAAGUGGACACUCUGCACCAAGCAGGAUCAGAUUUUAUGUGGGCCCCACCAUAAGGGUGUGAAAAUGUGAUGAAAAAGGAUCAUGUGGUUAAAUUAUCAGUGACAAAUUAUGCUGCUUACACAGGUCACAUUCAGGUUUAGAAAUGAACUGCCACAAAAAAAUAAUUAAAAGAUGUUAAGCUAAGAAUCAAACUUCUAGAAACAAUUUUUGUAAAAUUAAGUGCUUAUUGUU